AUGGCCAUGGAGGCGAAAUCGGGCAGCGGCGCGGCGAAGGGAUGGAUGUCCGUCGCAUGGUCCGCGAACGGAGGGAUGGCGGAGAGCACAGCCGUCAUCGGCAACAUGGACGGCGGGAACGUUGCUGGUUACCACAUUACCGGUUACACCAUGGGCACGGUGAAGAAGAACGGGAUGGACAUUGGCGGAGACGCGGGGACGAGCAACGAAGGCGGGUCGACCGUUGUGAAGUUCCUGCGACGCGAGAGCGACGGCGGGGAGGUGAAGAUUAAUCUGAGCGGGAAGAAUAAGCUCGUGUGGGCCUACUCGACGGGUUCCAAGUCGCUGGGCUACCAUGGCGGCAACUUCGGACUCGCUGUAUUUUUCUCCUGCCCCUGUCCUCUUUCCCCCUAUUUCACUCACCUUUCCCCCGAUACCCCCCUCUUGCGCUUGCCCCUCCCCCUCCCCUCCCCCGUUCCAGUGGGAGCCUCACGGUCGACUUCUCCUGCCAGUCCGCGCCUGGUGCGGGUAGUGGUGGGGGCGGGAGAGGGGGAAGAAGGGGAAGGUGGGGAAGGAGAGGGAGGGGAAGGAGGGGAAGGGGGAGAGGGAGGGGAAGGUGGGGAAGGAGGGGAGGGUGAGGGGGGGGGCGAAGCGGGAGGUGGUGGGGGCGGAGAGGGCGAGAGCGGCGGCAACAAUGGGGGCGAGAGCGGUGGCAGCAGCGGUGGGGGCGAGAGCGGUGGGGGCGAGAGCGGUGGGGGCGAGAGCAGUGGCGGGAGUGGUGGGAGCAGCGGUGGAGGGCGGUGA